CAAAAAGAAAAAAGAAAAAAAAAUUCUAAAGCAUAUCGGUUUUCGUUCUCUGCUCAGUUUCCUUCCCCCUGAUCUCAAAUCCUCGCUCUUUCUCCCGCUAAAAUCUAUUCCACUGUUCCGAUCAAUUAAUUUCUUGUCUGCUCUCUCCAUUUCUUAUUCUUAUAGUUGUACUCAAUUUCUCUCCCACUUUUCAAGUCUCCAUUGGGCUUGAGAAAGAAAAAUUGGUCGAUGUUCAUGAAGUGAAGGAAUUGGAAAUUCACUGAGCAAGAUUUGUUGAGAUCUCAAAGUAAUUGUAUUCGACAGCGAAGUAAAACCUAACUCUGGUAUUGAGAGAAGUCGUUAGAGAAUCUUCUUCGAUUUUUGGUUAGACAUCUUCCAUUCGAUGCAAGAGAUUACGUUGCUGCUGUCUCAAUUGAGUGCUACUGCUGCCUAUCAGUGCAGAAAUUGUAGAGGGCUUCUCUGAACUCUUUGAAUUCAAAUUCAUGUGUUGAACAGAACUUGUUGGCAUAUUGUAUUUGACGAUUUCUCUGAGCUAUUCUGAUUCUAGUUCAAGAUGGACUUGAACAUGAACGGAAAUGACAAUUCCAAUUCCACCGCUGCCGCUGCUGCGGCAACUGAUGGAAGUGGCAACAUCGGUUUGGUCAUAUCCACUACCGAGACAAUCCGAUCAUUCUUAAUGACAGCAUCUACAGACCCUAAUCUCCCUCAAGACCUGAGAGACCUGGCUUCCUCCCUUUCCCCUCACUCCUCCCUUUCCUACAAAUCUCUCAAGUCCAUUUGGAUCAGAUCCGACCCAAAAACUCGGCCCAGCCUCUUCCAUUUGUUCUCUGGUUCAAAUUUCAUUUUCACCAGCCCAAAGCCUAGAGAAAAGAGUGAGGAAUUGAAAGCGAGGCUAAGGAAGCUGGCUGAGGUGGCGGAGAAGAAAGAAUAUGAGGAAUUGGUGAAGGAUAUUACGCCGAAGAAGGGCGUGGAGGAACCUUUUUCUUCUUACAAGGAUCAAUUAGGACUUGGUUUGCAUGUUGCAGUUACUAUGUUUACUGGCUAUUUGGUUGGAUAUGCUGCAUUCAGAGCCCUGUUUAGCCGCAAUGUUGGAAUGAGCGCUGCAGGAGGCAUCCUUGGAUUGGUUGGUGGCAUGCUUGUGGAAACACUACUUUUUAUAAUCCGAUCUACCAAUCAGGACCGACGACCCUCUCCUUUUGUGUCCAGGAUAAAAAAGGAUCAGUAACUUCUCCACAGCAAGGUGGUCGUGAAAAUUAUGUGACAUUGACGAAGAGGCUUGUCUUUGUUCAAUGAUAUUCUUACUGUGUUCAAGGUAGACAAUCAUCAAGGUUCUGGUUCUGUUCCUUUUCGGUCUAAAUUCUCUAAUUGUGUCCUCCCCGGUAUGAUGUUAAGUAGACCUAGGUGUAUGGCUAGGACUAGGAAAGAGGACAACAUCUCAAAGUCUAGUUGUUAUGGUCAUUGACAGCCAUGCAAGAAACAUUAAAAAGCAACAGGAUUAAAGCAAACAAUCCGGAAGCUAGAGUGAAGCUUUGCCUUUAAUAGGUUGUUAUUCAUUUGAGCCAUUUAGUGUAUAGAAGAUUUUGAUUAUCUUUUGAGAGAAAUAGGUGCAGUGUGCAAGUACUAGCUGUUAAAAUCCCUUCUCAGCACGAACCUUGUGGUCUGCUCUAUGUUGUUGUUACACUCUUUUGACAGUAGAGAAGAUGAUCCCUCUAAUAAGGGUAUCAUUCUUAUCAUAAAUGUUAUGUGUAAUCAUGAGAUUGCAGCUUGUUUCAUCACCA